ACACCGUUGCAGCUAAAAGGUGUAUGUCAAUUAUAAGGCUUAAAGCAUAAGAUUAGCAGACAACAACACAUUUACAGCACUGCACGGCAUAAAGAAGCAAUCAAAAUCACCGCCCUUUUCACUCGUAUUUGCAGCGAGCAAAACGAGUUGGUGGGUUUAUCAUCAAUAAAACAAAGUAAAGUUCUUCGAUCGUUUGUUGCGAUCCGGUUGAUCUAUCUAUUAUCUACCCUGUAGUGGAUAGAAAAGGAUCUCCUGUGCGAGGUAAAUUGUUGUGAGAGACAGAUACGGUGACAGAGAGAUGGUGGAAUGAGGGUGGGGAAGAAGAAGAAGGGAGGGAGAGAGGGACAUGGCGCUGGGGAGAGUGAGGUGGGGUUGCUCGUACAGGAAAACCACACUGGUCGUUUGCUGCAUCAACAUUGUAAUCGCUCUUUACGUUCUUCGCUCUCUUUAUUCUUCUCUCUACAUCUACUCCGGUAACGUCUCGAGAAACGUUGUUAACUAUACCCCGGAUCAGAUUAGGAAAAUGGAAGAAUCGAUUCGGAUUCGGAGAGCGUCCGAACCGUUGGAGCUUGUUAAAUUGGUGAAGGAACUUAAGGAGGGGCUUUCUAGAGGAGAGGUUGUGGUCGAAUUGCCACGCCCUUUAAAACAGAAGAUCUCCGACGAGAUUUUGAAGAGUUUGAAAAACUUGAAUGUCAGUGCCAACGUCACUGAGCAGCGAGAAGCAGUUGAAAGCUGGCGCAGAGAAAAACUAGAUGAAGCUAAGCGACGGUUAACCAAUACGGGAGGGACUUUGAAUUCUACUAUUCCACAUGAGGAAGCUAGGAUGCUAGUCAGAGCCUUGGAGUCUGAUUGGGCAGUGCUAUCAGAAGAAAUUGGCCUUUGGAUACCUGUUGAAGUCAUUAACAAAGAACAUGAUGAUAAGCCCGAGGGUGACGAAGAGUUAGAGGAUCAAAUUUUACCGGGCAGGCCUGUUCCACCUGAAUGCCAUGCUGAACUUCAUACAGAUUAUGGUGGUGCAGCUGUUAGAUGGGGCCUUACCCAUCAUAAAGAAAGUGCAGCUGACUGCUGUCAAGCUUGCCUGGAUCAGGCUAAACGUGCCAACCCUGCUGAAAAGAAAUGUAAUAUAUGGGUUUAUUGUCCGUCUGAGGCAGGGUGCCACUCUCCAGAUAUCUAUAAACACAAACAUCAGGAAUGCUGGUUGAAAUAUGCAGAAAAACCCAAAAUAAAUUUCAAGGAAAAGUAUUCUGAUUCAUAUAGAAAUUCACACCCUACUGCCCCCUUUGUUGUACCAUGGGUUUCUGGUGUAGUCAGUGCGUGAUUAGAUUCGCCAACAUUGUCCGGACGAUCGGCACAGGAUUGCGAGCUGCAGCUUGUAUUAUAACUUGAAAAGCACAUGAAGCUAGCUCCUCCAAGUUCUUUGUGAUCCGGUCCUUAUUCUUUGUAUUCUGAGAAAGAAAAAGGGAUAAGAGAUGAGGAUAGGGAUGGUGAUGUAGUUGUACUACUUUUUUGUCAAUCGAUUUUUGUAACAUUGGGUGUGGUUGUCUUGGUGCUGAUGACUUUUUAAAUCUGAGAAGUCUGUUGCCAAGGCAAGGUGACAAAUAGGUAGAUGGCAAAAAUGCUUUCUUUGUGGAUUCAAUGAUCUGCAAAAAUGAUUCAUUGUAGUUGGGAAUGUGAACUAAUUCUAUCGAAAUUAUUCAUUAUUAUGGGGAUGUGAUUA